GUUAUUGUUGUUAGAGACAUAUAACGAGCGAGGCCGUUACUUACUUAUAUAUCUCUGUGCUAUUGCCGGAAUCGUUCUUUCAACUCACCGGAAAAGCAUCGAUCAUAUCGUCGCCGGCGAGAGGCCAUGGUGAAUCCCUUGGUGGAACGUGCCACGAGCAGCAUGCUCGUGGGCCCUGAUUGGGCCUUGAACAUGGAGAUCUGUGACAUACUCAAUCGUGACCCUGGAAUGGGGUAUAUUCACUCUCAGAUCAAUUCAGCUCUUGAUAGGCUUAAAGAAGAUUGGACACAGCAGAGCACAAUGAAGGUGGUGCAGUACCUGUAAAGACUCUAAUGCUGGAGUUAAAGAGUGAUUCUGGCAGAGUAACAAUAUAUAUUGAAUCUAAGAUCUUACAGCUAAAGGGGAGGAGGCAUGUAUUUACAGGUGAAGGUGGUGGAUGCGUGAUAGUUACCAAACCCAGUGGGUUGGUGGUGAUAGACAGCCAUAUUUCGGCGAUAAAGAUGGGGGACUAAUGUUGUCCUGGUUAAGAUCAAUGUUCAGGGGCCAUCUAGAGGUUCUUAAAUGACAAGGCGUAACUAAUGUGGAAGAAGAAAGGGUAUAUGGGCCUUGUUGAGUGGGCAAUACCUCAUAAAUGCAAUCUGUACCUUCCUGUGCACCAUGUGCUGGAAUGAAUCCUCUAGAUGAUCUGUAGUGAGAUGUUUGCUUGGGCCAACUAGAGGCUGGGUUUCCAGGUUCAUUCUGUCUUAACUGAGGCAUUGUGGGGGACAUAUGUGUGGGGCCCACCGAUUUUUGCUUAUAUGGGAUGGUCCAGAACAGAUAUAAAUGUUUAACUGGAAUUUUAUGUAUAUAAUUAUAAUUUUGCUUCCUGGUUUGUCUUUGAGAGUUUGCUAACUCAGUUUGGUUAUGAUUUAUCAGGCAUGCAAAGGAUGUUGUUAAAGGUUUAAAGAAGCGGAUUGGAAGUAAAGUUCCUAGAGUUCAAAUUCUUGCACUGACUCUGCUGGAGACAAUCAUAAAGAAUUGUGGGGACAUUAUCCACAUGCAUGUUGCCGAGAGAGAUGUUCUUCAUGAGAUGGUGAAAAUAGUAAAGAAGAAGCCUGAUUACCAUGUCAGAGAGAAGAUAUUGAUUCUUAUAGAUACUUGGCAAGAAGCUUUUGGAGGGCCAAGGGCAAGAUAUCCACAGUAUUAUGCAGCAUACCAGGAACUUUUGCAUGCUGGGGCAGCAUUCCCUCAGAGGUCUAAGCAAUCUGCACCUGUAUUCACGCCGCUACAAACACAACCAUUGUCAUCAUACCCUCAAAAUAUACGAGACACUGUUGCUCAGCAAGACGCAGCUGAGCCCUCAGCGGAGUCUGAGUUUCCAGCCCUUAGUUUGUCUGAAAUUCAGAAUGCACGCGGUAUUAUGGAUGUUCUUGCAGAAAUGCUCAAUGCAUUAGACCCUGGUAACAAAGAAGGGCUUCAGCAGGAAGUUAUUGUUGAUUUAGUGGAGCAAUGUCGAACAUACAAGCAGAGAGUGGUAAACCUUGUUAAUUCAACUUCGGACGAGUCACUGCUAUGCCAAGGCCUAGCUCUGAAUGAUGAUCUGCAGCGUGUCCUGGCCAAACAUGAAUCCAUUGCUUCAGGAACUUCUGCUCAAAAUCCUGCUGAGAAACCGAAACCUGCACCUACUGGAGCACUUGUAGAUGUUGAUGAUCCUUUGGUUGAUAUUGGAGAUACUAGUAAACAAACAGAUGUGAGAUCGUCUUCUAGUGCUGGAGCUGGGUCUCAAACAUUGAAUCAGUUAAUGCUUCCUGCACCCCCAACAUCAAAUGGAUCAGUCCCCCCUGCAAUGGUUGAUCCCCAAGUGGACCUACUCAGUGGUGAAGACUAUAACUCACCAAAAGCAGAGACUUCACUUGCUCUUGUUCCUCUAGGAGAACAGCAGCCAGCCAGCCCUAUAUCUCAACAGAAUGCCCUUGUUCUUUUUGAUAUGUUUUCUAAUGGAAGCAAUGCACCUAUUUCUGUUAAUACCCAGCUAAUUAAUGUUGCUGGCCAAACCAGUCCGUUAGCUCCUCAAUUUCAACAACAGACUUUCAUAUCUCAAGGACUGUUUUACCCUAAUGUAAGUGUGCCAAAUGUGGGGUCACCUCGAUAUGAGCAAUCACCUUUUGCCCAGAGCACAGGUCCUUCUUGGAAUGGCCAGGUUGCGCAACAGCAACAGCCUCCUUCACCAGUUUAUGGUACAGCAAGUGGUGGAUCAUUUCCGCCACCUCCCUGGGAAGCGCAACCUACAGAUAAUAAUAGUCCAGUAGCAGGCAGUCAAUACCCACAACCACUGCAAGUGUCUCAAAUGAUUAUGACGAGUAUACAGAGUGGUACACAUCCUCAGGGACCUCAAGCAAUGGGGCAUGACCAGGCUGUUGGAAUGUAUAUGCAGCCACAUGCUGGCCAUAUGUCAACGAUCAAUAACCAUGUCCAAAGCAAUCAAUUAGGCUUGUACCGACAGCAUAUUCAGGGUGCUGCUGGUCCCUAUAUGGGCAUGGUUUCACAUCAAAUGCAUAAUAGUCCCGUGGCUUCCAUGUAUCCUCAACAGAUGCAUGGCAACCAAUUCGGAGGAUAUGGCUAUGGUCAGCAACCAGGAGUUCAAUAUCUUGAGCAGCAAAUGUAUGGUUUAUCUGUGAGAGAUGACGGUGCUCCGAAAAAUUCUUACCAGGUUUCUUCUCCAUCCUAUGUGCCACCGGGGAAGCCUUCCAAGCCAGAAGAUAAGUUAUUUGGGGACCUUGUUAAUAUGGCAAAAGUGAAACCAAAACCUACUCCUGACCAAACUGGUAGCAUGUAAAACUGUGAUUGGGCUUGCAUUUUUCACCUGUUUGCUAAAUCUUGUCGUCUAUUUUCUUGAUUCUUUUCAUUUUUGUUUUACAUAUAUUAAUUAUAAUAAUGUAUGUACAUUAUUUAUUUUGUUAUCCAUAAAGUGUUGCUUGUUUGGCAAUUGGCAA